AUGAUAGGAAUCGCACGCCGCAUCCUUGAUUCCAUGCUGUGCCACGUCCCUCGCCUUACACAUGAGAUCUUGUGCACCCUCAUGGCCGAGGUAUGUGCAAUCCUGAAUUCACGACCUCUUGCUGCGGUGUCCACUGAUCUAGAUUCUCCAACAGUUUUAUCACCAGCAACGAUCUUAACACAAAAGACAGGUCAGCGCGUUGAGCCAUUUCAGCAUUUUGGAGUGAAAGAUAUGAUCAAGUCACAAUGGCGUCAAGUACAAGUCUUGGCCGAUCAGUUCUGGACACAAUGGAAAGAAAGAUACCUGACCACACUACAAGCGCGUCAGAAAUGGAACAGUGAACGACCAAGUCUCAAAGAAGGUGACGUUGUACUGAUGAAGGACACAGACGCCCCCAGAAUACAGUGGCCGCUUGGUGUCGUACAACAGUGUUUUGAAAGUGAGGACGGACGAAUUCGAAAAGUGUCACUACGUGUUAUUAAACAUGAGAAACCAGUGCUGUAUACAAGACCUGUAUCAGAGUUGAUUUACUUGUUUAGUGUGUAA